AUGCGCUUCUCAAAGUCAAUCCUUGCGAUAUCGGCUUGCCUGGCCCAAGUCAAAAUUGCCCAGGCAGCAUUGGCUUUCACGCAAUGGCCGGCUGUCAUUGAGACCGGCGUCUCUACCACAUUGAACUGGGACAGUGAUUCUGAUGCGCCUGCCACGAUCACGUUGCGCAAAGGCGCUGCAGAGGACCUCGAUACUGUCAAAGUCUUGACCAAGGAUGCCAAAGGGGGCUCUUACACAUGGACACCCGAUGCCACUCUGGAUGGAGGUUCCGACUAUGCCUUCCAGAUUCAACAGGACGGCCAGGUUAACUACUCGGGACUUGUGACUGUCGGAAAUGCCUCGAACUCAACUACAUCAGCGACAACGGCAAAACCAAGUACAACCACUCUUGCGACCCAGACACAGACACAGACACAGACCACCCCCAGUCCCACUCUCACCGAUACUGCCCCUCGAGACGAAGUCAACAGUGUUACAGCUGGCAACAAUGCGACGACCAACCUCACUCUUAAUGCCAACCAUGAUAAUUCCAAUGUGACCAACAGCAAGAGUGCCAUGGCGGCGGCAAUGCAGAAUGGUGGCGCGCCGUUCCAAAUCAUUUCGCUUGACCUGGUACUUGGCAUGGUGGCUAUGGGAUUCUAUCUUGCUUGUUGAAUCCGACAAGUAAUGAUUCUGGAGGUACAAAAACAACCAUGAUAUCAUGCAGCAGUGUUUGACGGUCCUUUUUGGUCGAUUCUUAUGUGACGGGAUGCUGGCGAUAUUGUCUCAUCAUAACGAUCACACCUUCUCUUCGUAUUCGGUUUCCCUAUUGAAACCUUCUGACGUGACUUUUCCUUUGUCUCGCGACACUCCUUUGGUGGUUCUCAGGCUUUCCUUUGUGUAUAUAAUGUGAUUUCAUAGGUCGUGGGGCUUUUCUUGGGCCAAAACGGGCAAGGCCCGGGAUUCGGGAAUGGAUUCCCGGCGCUGCUUCGUGGAGAUGCUGCUUCUUGCUCAGCAGAUUUUAAUGUCAUCGGUAGCAAACAAUGAAUGAAUGAGUCAAUUACGUCAUGCUAUG